AUGUCGUCCACCAGCAACGCCUCCAUUGACAAGUUCAACGGAGACAAUUACGCAACGUGGAGCCGGUACAUGCGCGGUGUGUUUUUGACGAAGUCCGUCUGGCACGUUGUCAACCGUGAAGUGACUCCGACUUUCACCGACCCGCGAGCGUCCGAUGACUACGUCAAGGCAAGCAACGUCGCGUUUGGUAUGAUGCUGCUGCACAUGAACGCGGACUACCAUCAUGUGCUGGACAACUGCGAGGAAGCCUGGGUUGCGUGGACAAGUCUGAAGACGCUGUACGGUGGGUCGCAGAAGGCAGGACGCAUCUACCUCAAGCGACAACUUUUCAGUAUCAAGAUGGCUGAAGGCGCGAACGUCAUGCAUCACUGCAACGAGGUCCUCAACAUCUCCGCCAAGCUUAGCGGCAUCGGUGCGAAGAUGGAAGACGAAGACGUUGCAAUUUGUCUGCUACUCAGUCUUCCGAAGAGCUACGAAAAAUGUGGUGCUCAACAUGGAAAUGAGCAGCACCGAGCUUCGCACUCAAGAUGUGGUGAGAGUCCUGACGAAUGA